UCAAAACAUCAAAUCUUCCUUAAAAUCUCUCUCUCUCUCUCAAGUUCUCACAAUAUCCUCCUCUUCAUCCAACAAAGCAAACCAAAAAAAACAAAAAAAAUCCUGCCAUAAACAGUAAAUUAGAAGAAAUGGACCAACAAAACAAUAACAUGCCAGUGAUAGCCAAGAAAUUCUGGCACUUGGUGAAAGUACUACUCUUCAUGUUGAGGAAAGGAAUCUCCAAAGGAAAAUUAAUGAUCGAUCUCAACAUGCUGAUGAAGCGCGGGAAGAUUGCCGGAAAAGCCAUUCAGAAUCUCAUGUUCCACCACAGCCACAACUGGGCUUCUUCUCUAGCCGCCGCCGCCCACCACCACCACCGCCGGUCACAGGACAAGAAAAACCACAAUCUCCAAUCCCUCGCCAACCCGAACUCCGUCGAAUACUACGAGUUCAGCUGCAGUAACAGCCCGGCUUAUCCCAGCUUCCACCUCCCCUUCCACCUCAACAACAAGAAAAACAAAAAUAACCACCGCCACCAGUAUUCCGGCAGCUUCUCCGACUUCUUCUCCUGCAACCAAACGCCGGCUCAUGGCCAUGACGACAAUGACGUGGCGGUCCAAGCCGUUUUCAAGGCAUUGGAGUUGUUGAACAGUGGCAAUGUUUCGCCGGCGCUGCCGGGGUUCGGGAAGAGCCCGAUGGUCCGGCAGCUGAGGAUAACCGACUCGCCGUUUCCGUUGAAGGAGGUGGAGGAAGACAACCACGUGGAUGAAGCCGCCGAGGAGUUCAUUUCUAGGUUUUACAGGGAUUUGAGGCGGCAAAAUGGAUUCGCUUCUUAAAUUCGGGGGGCAUUCGUGAAAAUUAUUAUUUAAAGGAAAAUCAAUGCCUCAAUGGUACUCCGUGCAUCAGGUGUUGUAGCUGCACAAUUUGGUAUGGGCCAAAGAAUAACUACCGAAAACUUCUGGGGUGCAUCAGAUAAUUUUGGAAUAUGUUUGGUGCUUUUUUCACAAGUGUAAAAGAUGAUGAUUAUAUAUCUCAUACAUGAGAGCUGAAGGUUCUAGAGUGUUUGUAGAGGGGUGUGUCCAUCAUGUACAAGCUAUUAAUACAAACUAUAUAUUAGUAAUUUUAGGAUAUCAAAUAUGGGAUGGUGUUGUACUUUGAAGUUUUUCAUAUACUCAAAAUUAGGAAUUGAGUUGUUAGAAACUCAUCAAAUCAAAGUGGGGGAAAAAAGAAAACAAAAAAAUAAAGUUGAUCAUCAAUGUAGAUGAACGUGCACAUGUUGCCGUCAAAUGUUAGAUCCAUACAGUUUCUGUCUUAUGUUUAUAACGCAUGAAGAUUCCAUGAGAUUUUUCAAAAUCUCAAUUCUAAUUCUUUUAUUGAUUGUGUA